UGGGUGCCUUUUCCAUUCCUUCUCUGCUUUUUCUGUAGCAUUCCUUUGUGUCAUGCAGCACUGAGCCAUAUGGGAUAAUGGUCCCACUUUUCUAUGUGCCUUUGUGAAUCUCUGUGUGCUCAAGAUGUCUCACCACAUGAACAGCUCCACACUGCCAACCUCACAUCCUCCUGAGCACCAGCACCCCACCAGCACAGCCUCAGGCCAUGGGGGCCACGACAUGAUGAUGAUGGCCAUGACUUUCCACUUCAGCUGUGAGAAUGUGCCAUUGCUGUUCUCUGGACUUACAAUCAAUUCUCCUGGAGAAAUGGCUGGUGCUUUUGUGGCUGUCUUCUUCCUGGCCAUGUUUUAUGAAGGGCUGAAGAUCGCCCGGGAGUGUCUGCUCCGGAAAUCCCAAGUCAGCAUCCGCUACAACUCCAUGCCAGUGCCCGGCCCCAAUGGCACCAUCCUGAUGGAGACACACAAAACUGUGGGGCAGCAGAUGCUGAGCUUGCCCCACCUGCUGCAGACUGUGCUGCACAUCAUCCAGGUGGUGGUCAGCUACUUCCUCAUGCUCAUCUUCAUGACCUACAACGGGUACCUGUGCAUCGCCGUGGCCGCCGGAGCGGGCACCGGGUACUUCUUCUUCAGCUGGAAGAAGGCAGUGGUGGUGGACAUCACAGAGCACUGCCACUAGCACUGGGGGUGCCUCUCCACCCCUCUGCUCCCUGCCAGUGCAGCCACACGAGGACUGGAGCAUUCCUAAGCUGCCAAGAGAAUCAUGAUAAAGAAAAUCAACUGGAGUUCACUACAGGUUCCUGGAGGGGUGCAGGGAUGUGAGGAGCUGGGACACGCUGCUCCCCUUGACUCCUGAGAGUCCAUGGCAGCCAUUCCUGGCCAGGAUUUGCUUUAUUCUUAGAUUAUGCUGUGAUUGAAAUUAGUUGGCUGACAGAACUGUAGAAAUUAUUUUAAAAGGAAAACAAAACCAUUUUAUUUUUAAAUUGUAAAUGCUCAUCAGUGAGGGUUUAAUGAACAGUAGGAAAAGAUCAGUUGCCAAUAAUGUGUGAAUGGCUGUUUUAAUUUCGAUUUUUUUUUUUUCAAUGUGUACAUAAUGCCAGGGGAGGAGAUUGCCCUGGCAUUGUGGCUUUUGGGGCCAAUGACACCUUUUGCUGUAGGACUCAGCCUCUGAGGAAGAUUUGGUGCUGCACAUCAGACACAUUCAGGUGUGUCCUGGCAAGGGAGGACUUUGACCCAAGGAUGUGAGCUGUGUGCUUCAGGGAUUGGAUGAAAUUGCCCUCCAAGCCCACCAGAGAUGAUGAGUGUUGUUAAUCUGGUGUAUCCAGCAGCUUUACUCAGCCCCCAGGGAGAACACUUGAGUUGGGCUGCUUUCCCUUGAAUGGUUCUGUAUUUACAGGGCAGAAAGAUUCCCAAUAAAGCAUUGAAGCCACAGGUACUUCAUGUGGAGCUGCACCUGGAUGGAACUAGGGCCAAGCUUUGGGUUACUAGAACUGGUUCUGUGAAUGAGGCAAGAGCUAAAUAAUGAUUUCAUGACACUAAAGUGAAAAUGGCUGGAGGGUAUUCCUGGCUGGAGGUGAAGAGGGAAAACAACCACAUUCCUGUAAAGGAGAGAUCUGGGGAAGAGGAGAAGGAAAAUACAGGACUACAACAGCUUUCAGCGUCUUCUCAGGUGAAAUUUGGAGCAGUGUGGGCCAAUCAAAAACUAUUCCUGACCCAGAUGGCUCCUCUUUGUCUGGGUAAUCACAGUGUGCCCAUGCUGGAUGUGCAGGAUCUCAGUGCAGUGAGGGAACUCAGUCAGUGCUGUGGGCUGUGCCCAGGCUGUGAGGGGGCAGAACCACGCUCCUGCCAGGCCAGGCUUGGGGAGCAGCCCUGCUUUAGCACCUGGAUGUUAAAAAGCUUGUGCAGAGCUGGAGGUGGUGGUGAAAGCUGGAGUCUUCCCUCUGCCCAGAUUGCCCAGUUUGUGCCUGGAACUGGCUGGAAGGGAAGACAGUGGGAAUUUGGGAAGGACACUGAGAACAGGCAGUGCUGUCAGGCUGGGACUGGUGUCUGGGAAAGGCCAUGAGAACAGGGAACCCUGCUGGAUAAAGCCUCUGGGCACACACAGGAAGGGUUUUUUCCCCUGAAGAUGCUGCUGGUGACUUGUGGCAGCAGCUGUGUGAGGAAAACUGAUCUUGGAAUGAUUUUUUAGCCCCUGAGCCUUAGAGGGUGAGGCCAUCAUCCCUGUGUACCUGGUGCUCCGUGGUGCUGGUGCUGCUGUCCCUGCCCAGAGCCCACACUCUGUAAGGAAAUCACAACUGCUGCUACCAGGGCUUGAGCUGCACCUCCUGAGAGCCCUCCUGGGCUGAUGCCAAGUGUUUAUUUGGACAUCUUGUUUGCUCUGGACAGUGCAACUAGAGAAUAAAAGGAACUGAGUUAAAAGCAGGCUUAGGUUCCUAUGUAGCUGCUUUCUGUAGCAAAUUCACAUCUGGGUGAGAGAGGCAAAGUUCUUUUCAUGGAAAAGUUCUAGCCACCUCCUGCUGAGGGACAGGAAAAGUGCUAAAGUGCUUCCUUCCCCAGUCUGGUCUUUGAAGGGAUUCUGUCUGUGACAGAGCCUCCUGUGCCCUCUCUGCACCUGUCACAAAGGUAAAACUUUGCUGUGCCCUCCAGGCUACCAUGGAGGGGAAACCUCACCCUCCCCAUCCCUGGAGAGCUGGGAGGAAUGUUAGUGUUGGACAGAGAAAAUGGACAAUCCCUUCCCACUGCUGCUGGAACUGAGAGGAAAUCUGAGUGUUGGUCAGAGAGAACUGGAGCUGUUAAAAGCUGGAGGUGGUGGUUGAUGGGGGAGGUUGCACCCUUGGAGGAGCUCAGGGUGACACUGCCACUGCUGCCGUUGGUUUUUCUGGAAGGGGCUGGAACUGUUACCAUCACAAGGACAGGCUGGAGUGAGGAGUGGCUGUGUGGUGGCACUGGUCACCUCAUAUACCUCUUGCUGUGUCUUUCUUUGGAACAGAAGCUGCUUGGCCUGAUCUUGCUGUCACCUUUUAGCCACUUUUCUGUGUAUCCAAGUGGCCAGACUUGAAUUCUCUGAGGGAUGAUUUGGAGAUCAGGCUGUGGCUCUUCAGUGUCAGUCUGGUUCUUGUUAAGCUUUUCUGUUUGUACCACCUGUGCCCUGGAAUUGUUUCCCCCAGAAUGAGCUUCUCUCUGCCCGUGCUGUCCCCAGAGGGGGCACAGAGCUUUCUGCAGCAUGCCCAGGGAGGGGACACUGCCCUGGCAGGGCACGAGGGGAGGUUUGGGAAGGUGAGAGGGGAGGUGGCUGAGGAGGGCAGGUGAGGCUGUGUCCCUUGUGCUGAGGCUGUGUCCCCUGUGCUGUGUCCCCUGUGCUGAGGCUGUGUCCCCUGUGCUGUGUCCCCUCUGCUCUCAGCUCCUGGGGCUCAGCUGGGGAAGGGCUGCUCCUCCUGCCGUGGCUGUGCUUUCCCAGUUCAGUGUGACAAUCCAGAGCAGCCAUCGGCCUCCCUGUCCCAGCCUCCCCUGCCACCAUGGCAGCACGGUGUGUCCUCAGCCGGGCUGCUGCGUGCUGUGGCACAGCCUGAGCAAAGCCUGAGCAAAGCCUGAGCAAAGCCUGAGCAAAGCCUGAGCUCCCUCUGGCGGGAUCGGCAGCUCUGGGACAGCCCCAGCCCCUCGGCUGAGUUCAGCUUUGUCCUGGCAGCACGGGGAGGGCUCCAAGGAUGCCCCCCGUGUCCUGCUCGGGGGUGACGCCCUGUGCCCGUCUCUGUGCCCUGCACACGCAGUGUCACCGAGGAGGGAGCUCACAGCAGCUGGCCCUGUCCCUCAGAGGGCUUUUGUUGCUUUUCUUUGAGUGCCUUUUGAGUUUGUCUGGAGCCAGUCCCACCCAAUCCAGCAGGAUUUCUAGUUUUGUUUACAGUGGACUGUCAGGUUUGUUUUUAUUCUUGCUCUUUGUGGCGGUAACUUGUCUGAUGUUACUGUGAAUAUCAAAAAUCUCCUGUACAUAAUUAACCAAUAAAAUAGAUUGCAUUUUA